AUGACAACUGUGAUUGAGAAUAAUGUUAUUCAUCCAAACAAUAAUGGGCAACGACAUUACAAACAAGUUAAUGAGAUCAAACAGUAUUUGGAUGCUCGAUACGUGUCUGCGAUUGGAGCGUGUUGGAGGAUAUUUGAGUUUGAAAUUCAAAAACAAACUCCUUCUAUUGAGCAUUUACAAUAUCAUCUUCCAGGUCAACAAUUUGUUACAUUUAAUGACAAUGAUCAUCUACACAAAGUUAUUGACCAACAACAUGUUCAUGACACAAUGUUGACCAAAUGGUUUGAAGCAAACAGAACCCAUCAAUCUGCAGAGGAGUUGACUUAUGUUGAAUUUCCAACAAAAUGGAAAGUUUUGAGCAUAUCAAAACUGUAA